AUGUCACGGUCGGACAUCGAAGAAGAUUCGUGUCCCAGAGUACGGUAUUCGGCGAGCCCAUUAGAUUUGAAACAGAAACCCAUAAGUGACUCGCCAUCAAAGUCGAAGAAAACUUCGUUUUGUAUAGAAGCGUUGCUAGGCCACCGUGAAGUUUCACGCAAGACGUCAUUGACCGCGUCAUCGGACUGUUCAUCUACUCCUUGUUCAAGCCGUAGUGCUUCAAUAUCUCCUGGGCCGGAACAACAAUUCGGAUACGAAGGUAAACACAGCGACGAGAACGAUGGAAUUUCGACCACAGCAAUGCGAUCAUUGACUUACAAUUCCAACUACUUGAAGUCAGACUUCCCAAUCACUUCCUCUGCUACCGACCUUUUAACCCGAGACCAUAGACGGAAUGGUGGUUUUGGAUUUAUUCACGGAUCUUCAGCAUUUCAGCCAUUGCCCCGUAUAGAUACGAACACCAAUAAUUCUCCAAGCUCAACUAUCGCAACAGUUUCGGCCACUACUGCGAAUCCCAAUCGCUCAAAUGUAUCUGCCGGCCAAUUACAACAGAUGCAACUAGAGUGGUUUGCUAGAGCAGGAAUGUUUUACGCUGGACCUAGAUUACACGAUUUAACAGGCCCACACCCGCACGCUUUACUGGGGAAGACAAGACGGCCAAGAACUGCAUUCACUAGUCAGCAGCUUCUAGAGUUGGAAAAACAAUUCAGACAAAACAAAUAUUUAUCCAGACCUAAAAGAUUCGAGGUGGCUACAAAUUUAAUGCUCACUGAAACACAAGUAAAAAUUUGGUUUCAAAAUCGCCGGAUGAAAUGGAAACGCAGUAAAAAAGCUCAGCAAGAAGCUAAAAUAUCGUCGAGAGACGAUACGGCGUUGGAAAAACGAGGAACCGUAAAUAUUCGAACAUGCAGUACUGGGAGUAAUGAUCUACAAAGUAACUCCAACAUUAGAUCUCCCGAGGAAUCUCGCAUAAAAAUAGACUGCCCGACAUCUUCCGCUGCCACAACCAUUCAAACACAAUCUCAUCACAAUUCUACUGCUCAACUAAGCCAUAAUUAUCACACUAUAAACAAUAUUAGAUCGCACGAGCAAGACGGGAAUUGCGAAUCGUUAUACAGACCGUACGUAUCAUAA